AUGAAUCGAGGUAGACGUCGCGGCGGUGGGAGUUCGAGUUUUGCAAACCUUCGCGAUAGUGUGAGACGAAGACUUUUUGACCCGUUUAUUGUGCCUGUCCCUCCCGACCCUCGAGCGGUAGUUGGCCGGCUAAUCCCGCUUUCGUUUACCGAACCUCAUAUUCCCUCAGUUUUGUCGCAGUUGGAUCCCAGUUCAUCUCAUAGAAAACCGGAAAAGGGUUCAGAAAAAGAUCUCCAACUCCAGUUGUUCGCACUCAAAGCUGUUGUAGAUUAUGCCUUGGAAAACUCAUUGGAAAAGCGGAAACUGUCGUCUAAAGUGGAGAGCUCAAACUCUGCAAGACUCACAGCACCAUCAGCCUCGAGCGUACACUCCUCUAUUGCUCAUCUCCUCAUGAAAACGGACGAGAUAGCUUUCUGGGACAGCAAUAUUCUCUCCCUCUUCCCAAAACAUCCUGAAUGGUACCCAAGCGAGCUUACUGACAAGUUAAAAAGGAAAUCCUCCACCGUCGUAGGCUCAACAAAGCACACUAGGUAUGAUGACUCUUCAAAGAUGGUCGAUGGCGACCGUCCAAAUGAGUUGAUGCCAGGCCAGGCUAUGCUCGAUGCUACCGAUAUGAACGAAGACGAUGAUGGGGGGAACGUGUUGAAGGAAGGGGCGGAUGAGCCUGUCGAGGGAGAGAAAGAGGAAGAUAAGGACUCUGAGGAUGGGCGGUGGAACGGAGAGCCAGUGGAGGAAGAAGAGGAGGAGGGUGAUGACUACUGCGAAACCUAUUUUGACAACGGUGAGGGAGACAUCGAUGAUUUCAAUGUGCAAAUGUAUGAGAUGAGUGAGGAUCUUGACGGUAGUCCCUACUACGAAUGA